AUGAACAGUGGCGCGCUGAUGCUCGCGAUGAGCGGGAUGCUCUUCCCCAACCUGCUGCACGCCACGGGCACGGAGCUCCACGAAUACGACUCGCAGCUCGGCCUCUCGCGCUUCGCUGCCGUCCUCAUGCUCUUCGCGUACGCCGCGUACAUCUACUUCCAGCUCGUCACGCACCGCGAGUUCUUCGAGGAGGGCGAAGACGGCGGCGACGGCGCGGACGGCGGCAGCGGCGGCGGCGGCGGCGUGGAGCAGUCGGAGCUGGGCUUGUGGGGCGGCGUGUUCUGGCUGAUUGUCGUGACGACGCUGAUCUCCGUCCUGUCGGAUGAUCUGGUGAAUUCGGUUGAGGGAACGGCCACGCAGUGGAAUGUGCCCUUCUCCGGGAUCUGCGUCGUCGUGCUGCCACUCGUUAAUAAUGUCACUGAGCACACGUCCGCCAUUUUCUUUGGCAUGCGCGACAAGCUCGACGUGGCGCUCUCCAUCGCGGUCGGCUCGUCCAUCCAGCUCGCCAUGUUCCUCAUCCCGCUCGCAGUCAUCGGCGGGUGGAUCAUCGGAGUCCCCAUGGACCUCAACUUCCACCGCUUUGAAACGCUCGCUCUCUUCAUCACGGUUCUGAUCACCGUGCUUGUGCUGCACGAGGCCAAUGCCAACUGGCUCAAGGGGCUCAUGCUUGUUCUCAUGUACGCUAUUCUCGCCGCCACCUUUUUCAACCACAAGGAGACUUUUCUGGGGCCGGAUUCGGGGGGCGCUGCGGGGAGUGCGGCGGGCGGGGUUGCAGGGGUGCUGGGUGGGGCUGCAGGGAUUCCGGCGCUGCACCAUGACUUGUGA